CUCUUUUUUUUUUUUUCUUCAUCUAUAUUAUAGACGACCAAUUAGUCUUUCUCAUUUAUUUAUUUAUUUAUUAGCUAUAUUGAAUUACUCUUCUCCCCAAAUAUGGCUGGAAAAGGUGUUGUUCGUAGUUUGAAAAACUUUACAAAAGGUUUUAGUGAUGUUCAAAUAAAAGUACGUGAAGCUACUUCAAAUGAUGCUUGGGGUCCUAGUGGAACAUUAAUGAAUGAAAUUGCUCAGUUGACAUAUAAUCAACAUGAUUUUAUAGAGGUGAUGGAUAUGAUUGAUAAACGAUUGAACGACAAGGGCAAAAACUGGCGACAUGUAUUCAAGGCAUUGUUACUGUUGGAUUAUUGUCUACAUGUAGGAUCUGAAAAUGUGGUAUUAUAUGCUAAAGAAAAUGCUUAUGUUGUGAAAACUCUCAAAGAAUUUCAACAUAUUGAAGAAAAUGGAAAAGAUGUUGGUGCCAAUGUUCGGCAAAAAGCCAAGGAUAUCGCCAAUCUUUUACAAGAUGAUAAUCGAUUACGAGAUGAACGUAGACAACGACAACAAAUGCGUGAUCGGAUGGCAGGUGUUGGUGAUUACAUGGGUGAAAUUACAGGUGUAGACAAUAGAGCUGCAUAUCAAAAUGGUACCGAUGAUGAUCGUGAACUGAAAAAGGCAUUGGAAGAAAGUAAACGACAAGCAGCUGAAGAAGAACGGAAAAGACAACAGGGUGAAGAUGAUGAUUUAGCAAUAGCGUUACAACUCAGCGAACAGGAAGCCAGAGAAAAAGAACGUAAAGCAAAGGAACAAUCAACAAGCAAUGCAAACUUUGAUGCUCUUUUCAAUCCAUAUACUCAACAACAGCAACAGCAACAACAGCAACCAUUACAAAUUGCUUGGACUCAAGAUACUGGAGUACCAUUGGAUACCAAUAAUCAGUUUUUCAAUAACUCAAUAUCGAAUGGUGGAAAUUAUCAACCUGUUAACAAUCCAUACCUUCAACAACAACAACAACAACAACAACAACAACAACAACAACAACAACAACAACAACAACAACAAAUGUUCCAACCAAGUGGAUUCCAACAACCUCAAUUAACGGGUGCUCCUAAUGCAUUUGGUAAUUAUCCACAAACACAACAACAACAAGUAACAACAUUCAAUAACAUCAAUCAACAAACACCAUCACCUUUUCAUCCUUCUGUAUUUUCUAAUCAACAACAGCAACUUACACCAUUUAACAAUUCACCCUUUCAAACAGCUAUGCCCACUGGGUCUAGGAAUCCAUUCAGUCAAUCAGCAUCUCAAGGUAGUCGAGUAUUUACCGCAUUUGGACAACAAUCCUUAUCAACAGAAUCACCAAUCUUUGGACAAACAGCCACAACAUCGAGUACAAACAAUACUUUACCGGGAUUUGACGCAUUCAACACAUCUUCUAUAGAUGUAGGUUCCAGUACUAUUACUACUACUGCUACAACCACAACUAUUACAGCAACUUCUACUGACACCAAUACAUCCAUGCAUCCAUUCCAGUCAUCAAUAAUGAAUUCAGUUCCGUCUUCUCCUUCUUCUACUGCUGGACAGUCUCGACCUUUGGUGACCAAAACCGAUGAUGAUCCUCGUUAUGCAAAAUUGAAUUCCUUGCUUGGUUCAAGAGAAGAUGGAAUGGAUACUUUUGGAAAUACGGGAUCAUUAAGAGUUCCUUUCGGAACGGGAUUUGCAAAUAGUAUCAAACCCCAGGAAAAUGGGGAAAUGGCCAAAGCGGGAAAUGAUUCAGGUACAACAACAAGUCAAGGAUUUGAUAUGGCAUUUGGAUCAACAGUAGAAAACCAACCAAUGAAUCGCAAUCCUUUUGGAAUGUCUGGAACCAAUGAAAUCACUCAAUCAUCUAGUCCAUUCUUAUCAACACGAUCAUCACCAUUCAAUGUUUAAUUUACAAAAAAAAAAAAAAAGAUUAUAUAUUUUAUAGAUGGUUAUCAAGUUAUUUAUAGUAGAAAAUAAGUAGUUAUUCU